AUGUCGAUGUUUUCAACACCUUUGAAAAGUAAUGUUGGGUACACGAACGCGUUGAUUCCAAAUAACACGCCGAUGACAGGAGGUGGGGUUGGGGAUAAUAUGAGUGGUGAUAAGUCGGCUGUGCUGACUGCGGCGUCGGCGGCAGCCGCAGUCGCGGCAGGAGUGUCCGCUAAUCAGUUUCAGCUUUCUACGUAUAAUCCGAUGAGUGUGAAUAGUUCUAAUGAACAUGUUCGUGUCAAUGGACUUGGGACUAGGGCACCUCUUGAUUUGGCGUCGCAUUAUAUUGAUCACUUGCAGCGGCGGGACGAAUCGACGGCGGUUUUGGAUGAGAGGUCUUAUUACAACAAUGGGGUGAAUUAUAACUUUUCUAAGGAGAUUGGGGGACUUGGAGCGUUUACUCCAUUUGAACGCGUAAAUGUGAUCAACAUACCUGAUGAAAUUUUACAAGAAGUUUCAAAGGCUGAGAUUAAAAACGAUAUGGGGAUAUUUCCAGAGUUGGAUCGUUGCUGGAUUAUUAUUGAUAACAAGUUGAUCCUUUGGAACAUUAAAGAUCCUACAGACUUUCAGUCAAUUGACGACGUUAAGCAUACAAUUCUAAAGGUAAAAUUGGUUAAACCUAAGCACGAUAUGUUUGUGAAUAAUAUCAACUACAUGUUAGUCAUUGCUACUCCCUUUGAUGUGUACUUGUUAGCAGUUUCAUAUAAAAAACUCGCAGGAGAACUCAACAUUUAUAACACAGGUAUGUGUGUAUCUGUUAACGGUUUAGAUGUUUACGAUAUUGUGUCCUAUGAGAAAACAGGCCAAAUCUUUUUUGUUGGUAAAGUAAACGGUACCAAUAUUUGGGAAUUGCAAUAUUCCAGCUCUGAGGAUUGGUUCAACAGUAAAUGUAAUAAGGUGUGUUUGACGCAGCUUGCAUUGUCUAGUUUGCUUCCUACUAAUAUAAUAUCCAAGUUUCCUGGGAGCGGUAUAAUACGCUCCUUUUUCGAAGAAGAGUCUAAAUUCUCUCAGGAAUGGAUAGUUCAACUUGCUGUGGAUCAAUCUCGUGGUAUCUUGUAUUCCCUCUCAUCAAAGUCUACGAUAAGGGCUUAUAAAGUGAAUGCUCGAUCUAUAGAUGGCCCGAUCUCUAUUGAACCAGGUUAUAUUAAACGGAUCAUUGGGACUACGACUGCAAAAGGAGCUGCGAUUCUGGGAAAUAAUUAUUUAAAGAUCUCAAAGAUUAUUGUCGUUUCGCAAUCUGAAAACAAUAACUUGUUCUUAGUUGCCAUUACUAUAGGUGGGGUUCGUUUAUAUUUCAACGGUUCAUUAAGUCCAAGUAAUGUGGAGGCUCUAACAUUGGAAUCCAUUAAAUUCCCCCCAAGUUCGGUCACAUCAGAAGCUAUUGAACAGGAAUUGCAACAGCAGCAACAGCAACAACAAAUUAAAGCCAUACCAUUUUAUUCCUCAUUGAAUUCUUCUGAAUCAAUACAAUUGAAAUACCAAAAAAAAUCGUCAGUCUUGCUGGAGACUACAUCAGCAUCUACAAUUGUAUCACCCGGUAUUUUCUUCUCAUCUGUAAUUAAGAAGACAUUAUCCCCACAACAACAACAGCAGCAGCAGCAGCAGCAGCAGCAGCAAUCCGUUCAAUCAAAUUCGGCUCCAUCUGCAAGACCAGCUGUUCAAUACAAGCUAUUUGUCAGCGUGCCAGAUUACGGAAUUCUAAAACAACAUGGGAAAUACAUUGAAAAUGCCACUUUUCUGGAUACCACAGGGUUCAUAAAAGAUAUUGCACCUAUCACGCCGUUAUUUAAUGCCACAAAUAAACCAGAGGGAUAUGCUAACGAAUUUGCCACUCAGUAUAGCCCAGAAUGUUUGAAAAUUGCUGUUUUAACCAACACUUCUGUUGAAAUCUAUCGUUAUCGCACUCCAGACCAAGUGUUUGAAUCGUUGAUUGAAAAUCCAUUGCCAUUUGUUUUAAACUUUGGUAUGGCAGAAGCAUGCUCUUCGGCUUUAUUCGUGACCUGUAAAUUUAACAGGGCCGAAUCUCUUAGGUCUAAUGCGUUGACAUUCUUUACAGUUGGUAUUCCAAACGUUGUUGAAAUUAAACCUAGAUAUAACAACUACGCUGCCUCUGCUGUUUCUUCUUUGUUAAUCAAACCGCCUGUUGCGACAACACCUCAGAAAAGUAAUAUUAUUAACAGUUCAAACUCAAAUAUGAACAGUAACUACAACUUGGAUGAUGUUGUUUUGUCGCCAAGAUUCUAUGGUAUCGCUUUGUUGAUCACCCGAUUGUUCAGAGAUAUUUGGAAUAAGAACAUCUUUACUGUAAAAGAUGCUGCAAAAUAUGACUAUCAUGGUAACUUGGUUAAGGACUCAGUCCCGGACUGUGAUUUAAUAUCCAUGGUCUCCAUUUCGAAGCAAGAUCUCGAGUAUUACUUGUCUUCAAUUAUGAUUUUGAAUGAAUUCUUCACUUCAUAUGGUACAUCUAUCACAACGAUUACUUCAACUGGAUUAACUGACGGCAAAGUUGUUGAUCGAUCAGAGGAAGUUGCUCAUCAGGCAGAAGUUAUUGCUGUUAGCGCAUUAAUUAGGUUGGUACAAUCUAUGAAGGAAGCAUUGUCUUUUCUGAAUGUGUUAUUUGAGGAGAGUGAAAUUGAAGGCUUUGAGGGUCAAUAUUUGGCGUUCAAGGAUAUCAUGAAGUUUUUGAGUCUUGAUAUCCAAUCAGAUUUGACUAAGUUGAAGUUCAAAGACAUCUUUGCUCCAAAUGAUAAUUCUAAAGGCUUAGUUAGGGAAAUUUUGUCAUCUAUAAUCAACAGGAAUAUAUCCAGAGGUGGUUUCAUCGAAUAUAUUGCAACUGCUUUGCAAGAACGGUGCGGUUCAUUCUGCUCUAGUGGAGAUGUUCUAGGUUUUAGAGCUGUUGAACAUUUAAGAAAGGCCAAGGAGGUGGGUCUGAGAGACUUGGAUACAUUAAACUAUCAUUUAACCAAUGCUACAAGGUUGUUUGAAAAAAUAGUUGAUGAUAUUUCUAUCGACAAGUUAAAAGAGGCUGUCUCAAUAAUGGUUGAAUUGAAUUACUAUCCUAAAACUAUUGAAUUUUUAUUGAACAUUGCUAACUCUGUUGACAAGGGUAGGCUAGCAUAUCAGUACGUUUCUGAUGGCUGUUUAGAACAUGAUGAGAAAAAGAAAUACUUCGAUAAGCGUGUGGCAAUAUACGAUUUGGUAUUUGAAACCUUGAUAAGUAUUGACGAUUUAGCAUCUAAGAAUACCCAAGCCUCUCCACCAAAUAAAUAUUCGCAGGAAAAUAAUGAGUUUACUAAGCUGAGGGAGGAAAGUUAUCACACCGCUUUAACGUAUGAUGACAAGUUGUUCCACUAUCAAUUAUAUGAUUGGCUGGUUUCUCAAAAUAGUCAAGAUAAGUUGUUACAGUUGGAUACCGUAUUUAUUCUUCCAUAUUUGCAAGAGAAAUCUGUAUCUUCCUUGGAAAUAUCUAACCUGUUGUGGGUUUACCAAUCUAAAAGAUCCAAUUUCCUAUCUGCUGCCCAGAUUUUGUACUCAUUAUCUUUUUCUGACUUUGACAUAGGAUUAAACACUAGAAUAGAGUAUCUUUCUAGAGCCAAUGGUUUCUGUAAUGGUGUUUGUCCUCCUAACCAAAGACAUCAAAUGAUUCAACUGUCUAGUAUGGUUCAAGAAUUAUUUGACGUUGCGGUUGUUCAGGAUGAACUUCUUGCAUUGGUUAAGAAUGAUUCAAGAAUCGAUGAAGAGAACAAAAAGGAACUGAUAAAGCAGCUAAAUGGUAAGAUUUUACCGGUCAGUGACUUAUUUAAUGACUUUGCCGAUCCUCUAGGUUAUUAUGAGGUUUGUUUGACCAUUUUCAAGAUUUCGGACUUUAGGAAUUACGAAGAGAUAAUGUCCAAGUGGAUGGAACUCUUCGAUUCACUAAAGGAUGAACUGAAAUCUGGAAGUAAUGAUAUUGACGAGAGUUCAAACUUCAUUAAUUUGUUGUCCAGUGUUGUUAUAAAGACAGGAAAAAGCGUGCGUACGAGUGAAUUUGUUUUCCCAAUAUCAGAUUUGCUUCCUGUUAUUUCAAACCUCUUUUCUGAAAGUUUACCCAAAGACCAUGUACAACCUGGUGCUGUUGCGUCCAUUUUCAUAUCAGCUGGUGUUUCCUAUGACAAGCUCUAUUAUGUUUUAAAGGAUUUGAUUGAAACUUCUGAGUCCACCAACACUACUUACAAAACCGAAAUUGCUUGGUUAAUAAAGGACUGGUACCGAUCGGACAGGAAGUUGAGAGAUAUUAUUACUUAUGACGAUUUGCGCAACUUGGAAGAAUAUAGCAUUGAAACAGACCCUAUUGAUAAAUACAUGAAAAGGACUGGGAACAGCAUUUAG